AUAGUUACCAUUAAUUUAUAAUGGCAAAUAUAGGUGGUUCAACUUCAGUUUCAGUUUCAGGGUCUACCUCGUCAGUAGAUGCAUGCCCAUCUGGAUAUGUAGGCACCCAUCCUAAAGGUGCUAGAGAUAGGGCUUGGAAGUAUGCCUUUGAAGGAUCGGAACUUGGGUUGGUGAUAUGCAUUAAAUGUGAAAGAGUAUUCCAUGGAGGCAUAAACUGCCUCAAAUACCACCUUGCAGGCAUCGAGAAACGUGAUGUUAGGGAAUGUCCUGGGGCCACAGAAGAAAUAAAAAGAGAUGUUAAUGCCAUACUUGCGGCCAAGGAAGAGAAAGAGUAGCCAUAGUUGAAUCUCAAGGUGCUUCAAUUGACCUUGAAGAAGAAGAAGAAGAAGCACUUCAGAGCAUAGUAGGCUCUCAUCGUGGCCCAUGUAUCCGCAAACAUAGCACCACCUCGGCCACCACUUUUGCUUCUUCUAGUAGAACACCUAUUGCAUCACCAUCAAUGCCAUAGUCUAUAGGUAAUCAUUUUAUACCUAGGAAGACACUUGGAGCACAACCAUCAUUAGAGGCAAUUGGAUGGAAUAGGAAGGUGCAUGAGAAAACAGACAUUGCAUGUGCCGAUUUUUGGUACUUCAACAACAUUCCAUUCAAUGUGGCAGACAAUCCUUAUUGGCUCAAUUUGGUUACUGCAUUGACAGUUUCAAGAAAAGGAUACAAGGCCCCUUCUUGCAAGGACUUGGGUGGGAGGUUGCUUGCAAAUGCGGUUGAUAGGGCAAAACAAGUGGAGGACCAAAGAGAAGAAUGGAGAAAAUAUGGCUGCACUAUUCUUUCCGAUGGGUGGACAAAUGGCAAAAACUGCACCAUAAUUAAUUUUUUGGUUGCUUGCAAGGACAAUGCGGUGUUUUUUAAAUCGGUGGAUGCCUCCAACAAGCUGAAAAAUGCUGAAACUUUGGCUGUAAUGCUGGAGCAAGUUGUCAUGGAGGUGGGAGUUGAGAAUGUGGUGCAAAUAAUCACGGAUAAUGCAACAACAUAUGUGGGAGUAGGUAGAAUCCUCCAAGAUAGGUACCCAACUCUUUUCUGGACACCUUGUGCAGCACGUCUUUGACCUUCUUUUGGAGGACAUAGGAAAACUUGAUUGGGUGACACCUGUUGUAGAAGAUGCAAGGAGGAUCACAAAAUAUAUUUACAAUCACCCUUGGGUUCUUCGCUUGAUGAGAGAGCACACUCAAGGGAGAGAUUUGGUAAGAGCGGGUGUCACAAGGUUUGCAAUGAUUUUCUUGACGUUGCAAAGCAUUCUUGGUGCAUUGACGGCUUUAAAACAAAUGUUUGUGAGUCAAGCAUGGCUAGACUCACCUUAUUCAAAGAAGCCUAAAGGAGAGGGUGUUGCAUGCAUAGUCUUUGACAACCUAUUUGCACAAAGAGUUGUAGAGAUUGUGAAGGUGUCGGAGCCCUUGGUUAGAGUUCUCCGCUUGGUAGAUGGGGAUCAAACCCCAAUGGGGUAUGUUUAUGAGGCCAUGGAUAGGGCCAAGGAGUUUAUCAAAAAUUACUUAAAGGGGGAUAGACUCAAAUUUGAUCCCAUUUGGGAAAUUAUUGAUAAGAGGUGGAACAAUUAGCUCUACCAAUCCAUUCAUGCAGCAAGGUACUACCUCAACCCUCGUUUUAAGUUCAGGGAUUCUUACUCAGAUCCUAAUGGAGAGGUCAUGGAGGGCCUCACUACAUGCAUUCAGAGGAUGAUACCUGAGGUUGAGGUGAGAGACCUCGUUGUGGCCGAACUCCAAAAUUAUGAGGAAGCAAGGGGUAAGCUAUUCUCUUCAGAGCUAGCAAGGAGAGGAAGAACAACUCAAACCCCAGAUGCUUGGUGGCAAUUUUGGGAUGGAAAUACCCCAAAUCUCAAAAAAUUUGCCCUCAAAAUCUUAUGUCAGCCUUGUAGUUCAUUUAAUUGUGAGUGCAAUUGGAGCUUGUUCGAGGCCAUCCACACGAAGAAGAGGAGCAAGUUAGCUCAAAAACGCCUCAAUGACCUUGUUUUUGUGCAAUAUAAUCUUCGGUUGUGCAUAAGGAAGGUAGAGGAAGCACCAGCUGGUCCAAUUGAUUUGGAUGAUAUAGAUCCCUACAGUGAUUGGACAUCGCAUGAGCAACCUCCAUUGUUUACUGAGGAUGACAUCUAUGAUUUUGAGAGGCAAGCUAUGGAGGAGGAGGGGGGUGGAUUUGGAUUCACACUGGAUGACAUUAAGGAGGAUGAGGAUGAUGAGGAGUCAUUGCCAAUGCCAGGAGCAGCUAGAGGCAGAGCUACAUCUAGGAUGGAGGUCGAGCCACAACCUGAGCUAGUCAUACCGAGCGAGGAGGCACAGCCUCAGCAGAUAUCUAGGACUAGACCCUCGAGUUCUACCUCUUCCUAGUUUUUACUAGAGCUGGGAAGAGGAAGAUGUAAUUGUAUUGAUGUAUUUACUUGUAGUUUUACAAAAACUAUUUACUAUUUUGCUUCUAGACAUCAACAUUCCUCAUGAGGAUGUGAUUUUGUAGUCACUUUGCAUUUAAAUCAAUUAAAUAUAUCUAGA